AUGGGUAUUUUUAUGAGUAAUCAUGAACAAGAAACACGAGGUUAUUCAAUAAGUCAUGGUGCUAGGGUAGCUAUUCAACUUAAUGACACUCAUCCAGCACUAACUGUUGCUGAAUUAAUGCGUUUAUUAGUCGAUAUUGAAGGUUUAAGUUGGGAUGUUGCAUGGGAUGUAACAAAACGAACAUGUGCAUAUACAAAUCAUACACUUAUGCCUGAAGCUGUUGAACGAUGGUCAGUCAAUUUAUUACAAUAUGUUUUACCACGACAUUUACAAAUUAUUUAUGAUAUUAAUUUACGUCAUCUUCAAGACGUUUCUGCUCGUUUUCCAAAUGAUAAUAAUUAUCUUCGUGAUUUAUCAAUUGUCGAAGAAGGUCGUGAAAAACGUAUUAAUAUGGCUCAUUUAGCUAUUGUUGGAUCUCAUGCAGUUAAUGGUGUUGCAAAAAUUCAUUCUGACCUUCUUAAAGCAACUCUUUUUAAACCAUUUUAUGAAUUAACACCAGAAAAAUUUCAAAAUAAAACUAAUGGAAUAACACCUCGUCGUUGGUUAGUUCUUAGUAAUCCAAAUUUAAGUGAUAUUAUUGCUGAAAAAAUCGGUGAAGAUUGGAUAACAAAUCUUAGUGAACUUAAACGUUUAAAAGACUUUGUUAAUAAUGAAUCAUUUAUACGUGAUAUUCAACAAGUUAAACAAGAAAAUAAACAUCGUUUAGCUGAAUGGCUUCUAAAAGAACAACAUCAACAAAUAAAUCCAAUGUCAUUAUAUGAUAUGCAAGUUAAACGUAUUCAUGAAUAUAAACGACAAUUAUUAAAUGUAUUACAUAUUAUUACAUUAUAUAAUCGUAUCAAAGCAAAUCCAGAUGGAAAAUAUAUACCACGUACUGUUAUGAUUGGUGGAAAGGCUGCACCAGGUUAUCAUAUAGCAAAGAAGAUUAUUAAAUUAGUAAAUAGUGUUAGUAGAGUUGUGAAUAAUGAUCCAAUUAUUGGUGAUCGUCUUAAAGUUGUUUUUCUUGAAAAUUAUCGAGUAACAAUGGCUGAAGCAAUUAUUCCAGCUGCUGAUUUAUCUGAACAAAUAUCACUUGCUGGUAUGGAAGCAAGUGGAACAUCAAAUAUGAAAUUUAUGUUAAAUGGUGCUUUAACAAUUUGUACAUUAGAUGGUGCAAAUGUUGAAAUGGCUGAAGAAGUUGGAAAUGAAAAUAUUUUCAUAUUUGGUAUGACAGUUGAAGAAGUUGAAAAACGUAAAAAAGAAGGAUAUAAUCCAAAACUUUUUUAUGAAAAUAAUGUUGAACUUAAACAAGCUAUUGAUCAAAUUCAAGAUGGAUAUUUUUCACCUGAAAAUCCUGAUUUAUUUCAUGAUAUUGUUAAUAGUUUAUUAAGUGAAAAUGGCGAUCAUUACAUGCUUUUAGCUGAUUAUGAAAGUUAUAUUAAAUGUCAAGACAAAGUGUCCGAACUAUUUAAAGAUCCAAUUGCUUGGACAAAGAAAAGUAUUUUAAAUAUUGCUGCAUCAGGUAAAUUUUCCAGUGAUCGUACUAUAGCUGACUAUGCACGUGACAUUUGGGGUGUUACACCAAAUCAUAUAGCAUUACCACAUCCACAUGAAGGUCGACCUGGUACAAAACAUGAAGGUGAAGCAACUAUUCAUGGUUCAUCAUCUUCACUUAAUGAACAAGGAAAAAAAUAA